AUGUCGGCGAUGGACGAGAAACCCGGGAGCGUGGAUCGCAUCGAGGAUCUUGCGCAGAAGACGCCUAGUCAGGAGACGCCAAAGGACUAUGAAGAUGAGGAGUUUACGCCCGAGGAGCAGAGGAGGAUUAUCAAGAGGAUUGAUCUCCGCUUGGUGACGAUGACGGGACUGGCUUAUUGUAUCUCGCUCAUGGAUCGGACGAACCUCAGCAUGGCUGCGGUGGCAGGUUUGAAGAAGGAGCUGGCCUUGACUGUCGGCAAUCGCUAUUCCAUCGUUGUCCUGAUGUUCUUCGUCCCGUACGUCCUCUUCCAGCCGCCAAUGACUGUCCUGAUCCGCAAAAUCGGGCCCACCAUCUUCCUGAGCACGAUUAUCAUGACCUGGGCCGUAAUUAUGAUUGGGAUGGGAUUCGCCAAAAAUUGGGGCCAAUUGGUCGGCCUCCGUGUCUUGCUGGGUGUCCUGGAGGCUGGAUAUUUCCCCGGAUGUGUCUAUCUGCUUUCCUGUUGGUAUACUCGAUGUAAGUGGCCCAGUCAGGAGCCUUCUUUCAAGUGCCUAAUGUUGAAUAUGGUUGUAGAUGAUGUCCAGAAACGAUUUUCUGUAUUUUACCUGAUCGGCUGUGUUGCCUCUGCCCUGGCUGGUAUUCUUGCCUUCGGCUUGAUGCAGUUGAAUGGCACACAUGGUCUGACCGGAUGGCGAUGGAUCUUCAUCCUGGAGGGCGUGAUCACUGGGUUUAUCGGGAUACUCUGCUACUUCUUCCUAGUGGACUUCCCCGAUCGCGCGGCCAAAUCCUGGAAAUUCUUGAAUCAGAGGGAGUGCGAUUUCAUCGUGCGACGCAUCAACAACGACCGCAAUGAUGGCCAUCCGGAGGCAUUCAACCUGAAGAAGUUCCUGCGCCCGGGGCUCGACCCCAAGAUCUGGGCUUUCGCAAUGAUCUUCUUCUGCCUGACGACUGUAACUUACGCCAUUGCCUACUUCCUCCCGAUCAUUCUGAUGUCGGGCAUGGGCUUCAGCGUCGGCCAGUCCCAAUGCCUCGUGGCACCGCCCUACGUCCUCGCCGGCAUCGUCAUGUACUCGACCGCCUGGGUCGGCGAUCGAUACCACGUCCGCGCACCCAUCCUGGUCUUCAACGCCUUGCUGUGCAUCAUCGGCCUCCCGAUGAUGGGUUUUGCCAAGGGAGACGCCACCCGCUACGCGGGUGUGUUCUUCACGGUGGCGGGCGCCAACUCUAACAUCCCGGCAUGCAUGGCGUACCAGGCCAACAACGUGCGCGGGCAGUGGACGCGUGCAUUUUCAAGCGCGACGCUUGUAGGCUUUGGCGGGUUGGGCGGGAUUGCAAGUAGCUUGGUGUUCCGCGAGCAAGACGCGCCGGGAUAUCGGCCGGGAAUGUACGCCGCACUCGCGUGUAAUGUUCUGAUUAUUUUGAUUGUGUCCACGCUGAGUGUCUGGUUCCGGUUCUGCAAUCGGCAGGCUGACCGGGGGGAACGGGUGAUUGAGGGGGAGGACAGAUUCCGGUAUACCAUUUGA